AUGUACAUCUUCCUCAGGCACCUAUAUGUCCUGGACCGCUGCCUCAUCUCUGUCACCAUCCCCAAGUCCAUCCACAAUUCCCUGAAAUACGGUAGAGAAAUCUUCUCCCUGGGCUGCGCUUUCCAAGUGUUUGCGUUCAUACUCUGUGUCUGUGCAGAGACUCCCCUGCUCACGGCGAUGUCCUUCUACCACUAUGCGGCCAUCUCCCUCUUCCUCCUCUACUGGCUCACCAUGGAUGAUGGAGCCUAUGGGAAGAUGGCGGCUACAUCGUGGUUCUUUGGCUCACUGAGCGACAUAACGCACUCCACUGCCACCUUCUCCGUCCCCGUCUGGAGGUCCAACGUCCUCCCCCAGUUCUUCUGUGACAUCCCUCAGCUCAUCGGUCCCGCGUGGCCCACUCUGCCGGGAAAUCUCACUAUCGCCGACGCGGCCUUUGGCCAGCGCCCCCACACCCCCAUGUACUUUUUUCUCAGGAACGUGUCCAUCCUCAACACCUGCUGCAUCUCCGUCACGAUUCAAAAAUCGAUCCUUAACUCCCUGAUCAUUAGCAGAUCCAUCUAUUUCAGAAGAUUUCAGAGCUGUCUGUACUCACGGCGAUGUCUUACGACCGUUUACGCCACCAUUUGCCGCCCCCUGCGCUAUGCCUUCUUGUGUAAUGUCUGCUCCUUACUGAAGAUCUCCUGUUCAGAAAUGCACAUUGUCAUUAACGUCAGCGUGGCUAUAGAGUCUGGCCAAAGCCUUCUCCACCUGCCUGCUCCACCUCACCUUGUCACCCUUUUUAUCUCGACCGGAAGCUUCACUUAUCUCAAACACAUGUCAGACUCCCCCUCGACACUGGACCUGUUGGUGGAUGUGCUCUACACCACGACGCUUCACACCAUGAUCCCCCUCAACUACAAUCUGAAAAACAGGGACAUGAAGGCUGCCUUGAGGAAUGCUCGUGGCUGA